AUGGCUCAGGAUGACAGAGAGGCAGGGAUGGCCAACUCCAAAAGUGAUCCAGAAACGGGCAAAGACAUGGAAGAUCUGACAAAAGGCCUGGAGGAACUCUGUGAGAGCCCCAACGAGAAGAGUGAGAAGGCUCUGCUGCAUUCACGCCUAGAACAGCAGCAUCACCUUAUCUGUAUACUGAAGAAGAAAGCAGACGAUGCACGCAAAUGCUGCAGAGGCCUGGAGCAGCUCAACAUGGAGCUGGAGAAACUGAGGACCGAGGAUGCUGUGAAAAUGAAAACCCAGACCCAACAGAUUCAGCAUCUGGAGAGGCACUUCAAGGAUCUGGCCAACAACCAUGAAAAAAUGAUCCAGUUCAAGGACGAACACAGGAAGCGGCAUAUGCAGCUGUGGGAGGAGAAUAAGUGCCUGCGGCAGGAGAACGAAGCACUCUUCAGCCAGACUGUGAGGGAGAAGGAAGCUGAAGUGCUCCGGCUCGCCACGCAGGCCAGGCAGCUCUCACAGCAGCUAGACUCCUUGCAGGAGAAGCAUGUGUAUGAGAGUCGCCAAGCCCAGGAGCGAGAAAAGGAGCUGCUAGAAGCUCAGAGCCAGCAAGCAAGUGCCUAUGCCUGGGAAGUCGAUUCACUAAAAACCCAGCUGCAACGCCUACAGGAGAAGCACCAACAAACCGUUGCACAGGUAGAGCAUGCAGAAAGUCAGCAGAGAGCUCAGGGCAGUGAGCUGCAGGCCAAGCUGGAGAGGGUAAACGAGGAGAAAGAGCGACUACUGAACCUGGCCACGGAGAGGGGCAAAGCUCUGGAAGAUAAGCAACGGGAAAUUCAGCAGCUGGAGAAGAAGCUGGCGACUGCACAAAAAGUCAGGCAGAGAGCAGGAAAGCGCCCUGUGAAAGAGGCAGCAGUAGCGGAAUAUGACCUGAAGGUCCAAGAGCUCCAACAACAGCUCGAAAGCAGCAAGCAGGCAUACAAGGAACUCUCGCUGCAGUUCGAUGCUUACAGAAAGCACAGUACGGAUUUGCUGACUAAAGAAAAAGCGCUGAAUGCCAAACUCCAUCACUUUAUUGCAUAA